AUGUACCGUGCAUGUUCAACAAGUCAAGUGGUAGAAAAAGUCUGUGAAAGUAAAGAGGUCAGUCAGUGUGGAGAAAACUUCAGCCAUAUUUCAAAUCUCAGUCUGAACAAGAAAACCACUGGAGUGAAACCACGUGAAUGCCGUGUGUGUGGAAAAGUCUUCAUUCAUCAUUCAUCCCUUAAUAGGCAUAUCCGAUGUCAUCCUGGACAUGAAUUUCAGAAAUAUGGAGAGAAGACUUUUAAGUGUAAAGAAUGUGGUAAUGCCUUCAGUUAUGUCCAGUAUUUUGAAAAACAUGAAAGAAAUCAGAAUGGGGAGAAAACAUAUAAACAUAAGAGAUGUGGGAAAGCCUUUAGUUGUUCAUGUUCACUUCGGUUACAUAAAAUAACUCUGACUGGAGAGAAACCCUAUGAGUGUAAACAACGUGGUAAAUCCUACACACCUUACAGUUUCUUACAGAGACACAACAGUAUUCAUACAGGAGAGAAACCCUAUGCAUGUAAAAUAUGUGCCAAAACCUUCCAUGGUUUUAGUCAUGUUCAAGCACAUGAAAGAACUCACACUGCAGAGAAACCCUAUGAGUGUAAACAAUGUGGUAAAGCCCACAGAGACACCAGUUCCUUAAAAAUACAUGAAAGAAUUCACACUGGAGAGAAACCCUAUGAAUGUAAACAAUGCGGUAAAGCCUACAGAGAUCCCAGCUCCUUAAAAACCCAUGAAAGAAUUCACACUGGAGAGAAACCCUAUGAAUGUAAAAUAUGUAGCAAAGCAUUCACUUAUCCCAGUUCUCUUCAAAAACAUAAAAGAACACAUACUGGGGAGAAACCAUACACAUGUAAAAUUUGUGGUAAAGCCUUCAGUUCUUCCAGUCAAGUUCAAGUACAUGGAAGAACUCACACUGGAGAGAAACCCUAUGAAUGUAAACAAUGUGGUAAAGCCUUCAGUUAUUCCAGUUAUGUUCAAAUACACGAAAGAACUCACACUGGAGAAAAACCCUAUGAAUGUAAAAUAUGUAGCAAAGCAUUCACUUACCCCACUUCUCUUCAAAAACAUAAAAGAACACAUACUGGAGAGAAACCCUAUGAAUGUAAACAAUGUAAUAAAUUUUUCAAAUUUUACAGUUCCUUACACAUACACAAAAAAACUCACACAGGAGAGAAACCCUGUGAAUGUCAGCAAUGCGGGAAAGCCUUCAGAGAUCACAGUUAUCUUCAAAAACAUGAAAGAACUCACACUGGAGAGAAACCCUAUGGGUGUAAACAGUGCGGGAAAGCCUUCAGAGAUCACAGUUCUCUUCAAAAACAUGGAAGAACACAUACUAGAGAGAAACCCUAUGACUGUAAGGAACAUGGUGAAGCUUUCAGUUUUCAUAAGGAUUUCCAAAUACAUAAAUGAACUCACGCUGCAGAUACACUAUGAAUGUUGAACACAUGGUAGAGUGUUCACAUAUCCCAGUGACUUCGAAAUACAUGAAGAACUCACACUGCAGAGAAUCCCCAUGAUUUAGCCAUGAAGGUAAAGUCUAUGGAGGUCACCGUUCCUUAAAAGCGUAGAGGAAUUCAUGUGGAGAAAAACCCUAGAAAUGUAAGGAGCCUGGAAAAGCCUGCGGUUAUAACUACCUUUCAGAGAGGACUCAGGCUAGAGAAAAACCCUGUGACUAUAAGUGAUUUGGAAGAGCCUUCAGAUACUAACAAAUUUGCAUACCCAUGAAAGAAA